UCCAGUCUUCCUACCUCUCUCAAAAAGACGAAAACCCUAAUAAGCAACAACCCCAUAUCUGUCUUGUCUUGAUCAUGCAAAACAUUUUCCCACCAAGCAAACAGAACGAAAACCUCCACAAUCCUUCAAUCCUAAUUUUCUCGUCUCACUCCGAAAACCAAGCAAACCUUUUCAACAUUUCAGAAUGAUUCGUGGUUGCCAUGAUUUCUACGCAGCAGCAGCAGCAGCAGGCUUCCUUUGCACCCGCGUCGCACCCUAUCAAUCCCCCUUCCGCCGCAACCACCGCCGUUAGAUCCCCUACGGCGACCCCCACCCAAACCCAGCUCCCAACCCCUCUCUCUCUCGCUCCUCUCUCCUCCUCCUCCGCCGCGGCUCGCUCGGCCGACCAUGCCGUCGGGCCGCCGCCGCCGCCCAUCGCGGUGGCCCACCCGAAUGGGGAGCCCGUGCCGUCGCCACUGCCGAGGGUUCGCCUCUCCGAUAUCUCCCCGUUCUACGGGGCCCCCUCCGGGCCCUACCUGAGGGCGGUGGACGCGCUGUCGGGCUCGCUGAUGCGGCACAACGCCGCGGUGAUCGAGCUGGGGAGCGACGCUGCGGCAGUGAUGAGGUGCGGGUUGGAGGCGGCGCGGUUUUAUUUCAGGAGCGGGGCGGCUCAGCAGGGUGGUGCCGGUGGGAAGGGCGGCCGUGGGGUCUACAUGUAUAGGGCUGGGAGGGCUUUGGAAGAUUGCGACUCAUGCCCUCCAUGCAUGGCUGAUGUUUUUAGAUGCAUGGGUAAGGCAUCUCAUUCUGCUCUUUGUGCAAUAGCAAGGCAUCUUCGUUUGCGAAGCGAUGUUUUCAAUCACCUACUUGACGACAUGCCAUUACCCGCUAAUGAGGUAUCCUCAUCGGUGCUUGUUGCCUCCUACUCAAAUGCUUCCAUGCAAAAUGGAAAAAGUGGCCUUGGAGGAGGGAAGCCAGGAAUAAAUGGUGAAGUCGAAAAGGGGUUGUUGACUUUAAUAUCCUCGGACAGUCCUGGUCUUCAGGUCGUUGACCCAAAUGGUCGCUGGUACCUAGCAGACAGUGGGUUAAGUCCUGGGGAUCUUUUACUUCUUACAGGGAAGGCACUUAGCCAUACGACUGCUGGCCUUCGUCCGGCUGCAUCAUAUAGAGCUGCAUCUGAAUACUCAGGCACUAAUGGCGGUGGGAGGACAUCACUUGCAUUUAGGCUUAUGCCACAGGGGAAUGCUACAUUAGAUUGCUCUCCAAUUUCUGCAGCUGGUCAUGUCAUUCCACAAAGCUACGUGCCAAUACCUGUCAGCCAGUUUAUGGACGGCCUUUCUGCUGAGGAAGAUGUAUUUUGUAGUCGUUCUGAUAAUAACUAUGUGGCUCGGAACAAUUUGAAUACAGAGCCAUCAUUAAGAAGUGUUCUCUCAGAUCCAUUAUCGGGUGCAUUCCUUGAAGAUGCUAUGUUUGUUUCAUGUGGGCAUUCAUUUGGUGGUAUCAUGUUGAGGAGAGUUAUUGAAAUGUCCAGAUGUACCCUCUGCAGCCAAGAAAUUGAUGCUGGGUCAUUGAUUCCUAAUAUUGCUCUAAGAACUGCUGCUGCAGCUGUGAAACAAGAGGACAAUUGGAGGCUUUUCCAUAAUGCUGCUCUUAGAAAGCGUCGGAAAGAGUUGGGCGACCAAAUAGAUUCACUGAGGAGACCAAACAGGGAAAAUGGUGAUGUAGGUGACGAUGGGCUCAAUCGUGGUGUGCAGUAUCCAUUUUCUGUAAAUGAAAAAGUCAUAAUUAAGGGAAACAGGAGGACACCAGAAAAAUUUGUGGGCAAAGAAGCUGUCAUCACAUCCCAAUGUCUCAAUGGCUGGUAUUUGCUUAAGAUUAUUGAAAGUGGAGAAAAUGUCCGGCUUCAAUAUCGUUCUCUGAGGAAGAUCCAGAAUGCAUCUGCCGCCGAGGAACGGUGCUCAUCACAAGCCAUUCAAAACAGCAGCUCAUAAAUACAAUAAAUUCAUUUGGUGCCAAUUGUUCUCCCAACCUAUGGUUGUGGCCAGAAAUUUGUAGCACCGAUCCAGCUCCUAUUGAUAUCUCUUGUAAGUUUCUGUUUGAUUCUUGUGUUGCUUGUGUAGCUAGAGUAGUGAGCCUAUUUUAGUGAAUUUCUCUGUUCAAACGCUUGUAAAUAGAAAAAAGAGAAGGCACCGUCGAUAGUUGUGGUUUAGCUAUUGAGUUGAAUAACUAAUUGCUAAACUGAUUUUUCUACAAUGGAGUAAGUAUUCAAGGGAGAAUGAAUGGGAAAAAGAGUCGCAAAACGGGCAACUUUCG